GCUUCUCGUGUCCCCAGGUCGCAUUAUUGUAGUCCCACUCAGCCACGCCUCAGCUGACUUCUCGUGGGCGAGCUGUUUCCCCAUGGACGGAGAUGGCGGCAGUGACUGCGACACCGGCGGCGAGUGGAUCUGGGUGCGUCGACUGCAGGAGGCCGAAGCUGCGGCUGUGGCAGCUGGGUGGCAGGCGGAGGAGUCGCGGCCUCUGAAAGUGGUGUUCGCGUCCCCAGCGAAGUAUUUCACUGACGCGGCGCCGAUCGGGAACGGCCGCCUCGGUGCCAUGGUAUGGGGCGGCGUCGCCUCCGAGAGGCUCCAGCUCAACCAUGACACAUUAUGGACGGGCGGACCUGGUAAUUAUACAAACCCCAAUGCGCCUACUGUUCUUUCGAAAGUAAGGAGCCUUGUUGGCAAGGGACUGUAUGCUGAAGCUACAGCUGUUGCUUAUGACCUGUCUGGUGACCAGACACAGAUCUACCAGCCUCUCGGUGAUAUUGAUCUUGCUUUUGGUCAGCAUAUCAAGUACACAAAUUAUAAAAGAUACCUAGAUCUGGAAUCUGCAACAGUAAAUGUCACGUACACUGUUGGGGAAGUAGUCUACUCAAGGGAACACUUCUCCUCAAAUCCACAUCAAGUCAUUGCGACUAAAGUCUCUGCGAACAAACCAGGAGCUGUCUCCUUUACAGUAUCUUUAGCUACACCACUGGAUCACCGGAUUCAUGUAACGGAUACAAAUGAAAUAAUCAUGGAGGGUUGCUGUGCAGGAGAAAGGCCUGUGGGAGAUGACAGUGCAUCUGAUGAUCCCACUGGAAUAAAAUUUUGUGCUAUUCUUUACCUGCAGAUAAGUGGUGCCAAUGGCACAUUGCAAGUAUUAAAUGAUAAUAUGCUGAAACUUGAUGGUGCCGACUCAGCAGUUUUGCUCCUUGCAGCUGCAACCUCAUUUGAAGGACCAUUUGUCAAGCCUUCUGAAUCGACACUGAAUCCAAAAACAUCAGCUUUCACAACAUUAAAUAUGGCUAGGACCAUGUCAUAUUCACAGUUAAAAGCUUAUCACAUGGAUGAUUACCAGAGUCUUUUCCAACGUGUGUCCUUGCAGCUUUCACGAGGCUCUGAUAAUGUACUCAGAGGUAACAGUUUGCCUAAUUCACCAGAGAAUAGCUGUCAGGAUAUUGCAGUAUCUCAUUGUGUUGAACAGAUAUCUGACCGCUCAUGGUUGAAGGAGCUUAAUAAUUCAGACAAGCCUACUGUAGACAGAAUUAUAAGUUUUGUAGAUGAUGAAGAUCCUUCUCUGGUAGAACUUUUAUUCCAGUUUGGUCGCUAUCUACUCAUUUCUUGCUCGAGGCCUGGAACUCAAAUUUCCAAUCUGCAAGGAAUAUGGAGCAACGACACUAGACCACCAUGGGAUGCAGCUCCCCAUCCAAAUAUAAAUCUUCAAAUGAAUUACUGGCCAGCACUUCCUUGUAACCUUAGUGAAUGCCAAGAACCAUUAUUUGACUUCAUUGAAUCCCUUUCAAUCAAUGGGGCUAAGACAGCAAAAGUGAAUUACGAAGCUAGUGGUUGGGUUAGUCAUCAAGUCACAGACUUGUGGGCAAAAACAUCGCCGGAUGCUGGUGAUCCUAUGUGGGCUCUAUGGCCUAUGGGAGGGUCAUGGCUUGCUACACACCUGUGGGAACACUACAGUUUUACAUUGGAUACACAAUUUUUGGAGAAAACAGCGUAUCCCCUUUUGGAAGGUUCUGCUUCCUUUCUGUUGUCAUGGUUGAUUGAGGGGCAAGGAGGGCAGCUGGAGACCAAUCCUUCCACUUCCCCAGAGCAUUACUUUAUUGCUCCAGAUGGCAAGAAAGCGUGCGUGAGCUACUCAACAACUAUGGACAUGUCAGUUAUUAGAGAAGUUUUCUCAGCUGUUCUUCUGUCUGCUGAUAUUCUAGGGAAGUCUGGGACUGAUGUGGUCCAGAGGAUCAAAAAGGCACUACCAAGGCUCCCACCUAUUAAAAUUGCUAGAGAUAUUACAAUCAUGGAGUGGGCAAGAGACUUCCAGGAUCCUGAGGUUCAUCACAGACAUGUAUCUCAUCUCUUUGGUCUUUAUCCUGGACAUACUAUGACACUUGAGCAAACACCUGAUCUCUGCAAAGCUGUUGGCAAUAGUCUUUACAAAAGAGGUGAUGAAGGCCCUGGGUGGUCUACUGCAUGGAAAAUGGCUCUGUGGGCUCAUCUUCACAACAGCGAGCAUGCAUACAAAAUGAUUCUGCAGCUAAUCAGUUUGAUAGAUCCAAAACAUGAGGUUGAAAAGGAAGGAGGUCUAUACAGCAAUUUGUUCGCAGCACAUCCACCAUUCCAAAUCGAUGCAAAUUUUGGAUUCCCUGCUGCAUUGUCCGAAAUGCUGGUACAGAGCACUGGGAGUGACCUGUACCUGCUCCCUGCUCUACCCCGCGACAAGUGGCCUCAUGGUUGUGUCAAAGGUCUCAAGGCCCGAGGUGGGGUGACUGUUAACAUUUGCUGGAAGGAAGGUAGCCUUCAUGAAGCUCUGCUGUGGUCAGGCAGCAGCCAGAAUUCACUUGCGAGGCUUCACUAUGGUGGCCACAAUGUCAUGAUCAGUGUCUCUGCAGGUCAAGUCUACAGUUUCAGCUCGGAUUUGAAGUGCCUCAAGACAUGGCUACUUUGAGAAUCAUUUGCUGGUUCUGCAGUCCCAAGUGAGAAGAAGAUUUACCCAUGUUUUCGUGAGAACAGAAAUGACUAAGUUCGUUAAACCCUUGAACUGAUAAAACCUGCGUUUUUCCACAUGCGUUUCUACUUUAUCUUGACAUGUACAUGUAUUCUGUCGGAUUCAGAAGAACUAAUUCGAGCGUCUGCACCCUUCCCGCAAAGA